UCCUCCCGAUGGAUCCAGACGGUGAAAAAGCAGACGUGUUCACGGACGCAGAGGAUCCGAGCGCCGUGAGAGCGGAGGAGGAGGAGGAUGUUAAGAUCUUUAACGCCUGGAUGCAGCGAUACAGAGGAGAAACAUUGAGGGAGAAAAUAGGAGAAGAAGAGGAGGAGGACAGGGAGUCAGAGGAGGGACGGGGCAGCAGCAGGAGCAGCUUAGAGUCAGAGAGCCGGACCAGGAUGAAACGCCGGGCGUCGUUACCGUGUCCGAACACUCUCUCUGCCAUGCAGCUGUCUCGUCUCCACUCGUCCACUCAGGCUCCCGUCACCGCCAGGGUUCUUCUUCGCCGCACGUCUUCCAGGCGUCUUGUCCCCGUGCCACAGGAGGCUGCCGCCCCCGCCGCCCCCGAGAGAAGACCCUCCCUCAUCACGCCCACCAUCCCCGAGGUCACAUCGCCCGAGAGGCGGAGCACGUUCAGGAGACGCAACGUCAUGUCACUGAGCGACGCCUACAGCGUGUGUCUGAUCUGUCACAACGACCUGAACACAGGAAAGGGAGGAGCCAGAGAACUGCAGUGUUCACACACCUUCCACAGAGAGUGUAUCGAGGAGUGGUUCUGGAGGAAACAGUCGUGUCCUACCUGUCAUGUCCGGGUGUCCAUGCCACAGCCCGUCGACUGGAACUCCACUCGAGUCAAAGUCCCCAAAGACCACCACGAAGACGACGUCACAUCAUCAACCUGA